AAUAGGGAUAGAGCAAGGGAGCCAGAACUAUGCGAACUAUCAUGGAAAGAUUUGAGUUUACUCUACUGCUAAUCUUUACUCUAUCUUUUUAUUGCUUGAGAGCAGAAAGCGAAGGUGGCUUAGCUAUUCGCAAGGUGAGCCAACGUUGCAGUGCUGAGGAAAGAGAUGCCCUUCUUGAUUUUAAGCAAAGUCUAUCUGAUCCUCACCUCUUUCUCUCGGCUUGGAAUAUAGACGAGGAUUGUUGCACGUGGAAGGGAGUGAGUUGUAGUAAUAAAACCAAACAUGUCAUCAGACUUGAUUUUUCUGCUUUUUAUGGCCUUGAGAAUGACUUUGUUUAUGCUGCGUCAUUACAUCCAUCUUUGUUUCGCUUACGACACUUGCAAUAUUUGUGCUUGGGAACCAUUUUCUUCAUUCAAGCGAGGAUCCCAGAUUCUAUUGGUUUCCUCACUAAAUUGAUCUACCUUGAUCUCUCCACUUCCGGGCUCGUCGGGGAAAUUCCACCUCAUAUUGGAAACUUGACAAAACUUAGAUACCUUGAUCUUAGUGAAAAUUUUCUAGUUGCUUAUAACCUCUUAUGGAUGCCCCACCUCUUCUCUUUACAAUUCCUUGAUAUGUCGGUUGUGAAUCUAACAUUCGCUACUAAUUGGUUACAUGAGAUUAGUGUGCUUCCAGCCCUCUCCAAUUUGUAUUUGCAAUCAUGCAACUUACAAACACUUCCGAAUUUACUUCCAUAUUCCAAUUUUUCAUCAACUAUUGAAACAUUUGGUCUUGACGAAAACCACCUCAAUGGAAGUUUGCCAAACUGGUUAGGACAAUGCAAAAGAUUAAAGACAUUAUACCUCGAAUCAAACUUUUUUACUGGAAUUAUCUCAUUUGCCUCUUCAAAUUUAUUAUGUAAUCUAAAUUUUUUGUACCUUAGCUAUAAUAAUUUUACAAAAUUAAGUGAUGGUGUAACUGCUUUAAAAUGCAAAGAAUAUAAAUUGACAAUAAUGGAUAUCUCUAAUAACCAACUGAGCGGAAGCAUACCAGAAUGGGUUGGAGAUAUGCAAAAUUUAGCACACCUUAAUUUUGGAAAUAAUCUGUUUGAUGGACCUAUUCCACAUAGUCUUGGACAACUGACUAACUUAGUUCAUUUAGAUCUUUGUUCCAAUAAUUUGCAUGGUAGUCUCUCUGAAUUUCAUUUUGCAAAUCUAUCACAAUUGAAAUACCAAGAUCUUUCGGAUAAUCAAUUGAAUUUUAACAUGAUUAAAUUCCCACUAUGGCUUCAAAAUCAAAAGCUGCUUGUCAAAUUAGACCUCUCCAAUUGUGGAAUUUCUGAUAUCAUUCCAGGAUGGUUUUGGAAUUUAUCAUCUCAAAUAAUUUACUUGAACAUGUCUCAGAAUGCAAUAAGAGGUGAACUUCCAAUGUCAUUAAAUAUUGCAUUAGGGGCAACUAUCGACUUAAGAUCAAAUCAAUUGGAAGGAUGCCUUCCUCGGCCAUGGAAUUUUGUACGUUCUGUAUCAUUUUCGAAUAAUAAGUUCUCAAGCGGCAUUGAGUUAUAUUUAAAUGGGAACAUGAGUUUGUUGGUGGUGCUUGACCUUUCUCAAAAUCAUCUCUCAAGUGAAAUCCCUAAUUCUAUAUGUCAAAUGCCUUCAAUAAUUCUUCUCGACUUAUCACAUAACAAUCUUUCAGGAGAAAUUCCAACGUGCAAUGGUAAUGUUUCAAGCUAUAAGAUGCUAAAGUUUGUCAGCAUUUCAUACAACAACUUAAGGGGUUUUAUUCCACAAUGGAUAGGGAAUCUACCAAUGUUAAUUUCAUUGCACCUCAACGACAAUGUUUUUCAAGGGAAUAUGCCAUUUUUCAAAAAUUGCAGCAAGCUUAUUACCCUUGACUUGGGCGAAAAUUAUCUUACAGGAAGCAUACCUUUGUGGAUUGGAGAAAAAUUAUUGUCCCUAAAGAUCUUACGCUUACACUCAAAUAAAUUAUGUGGAUCAAUUCCUUGGGAGCUAUCCAAACUAAAAGAUCUACAAAUCUUGGAUCUUUCAAAAAAUUUUCUUUCUGGGCCAAUCCCAAAAUCUUUUAAAUUUCUCAAUUCAAUGACCAUACAAAAUAAGAGGCUUGAAUCUCUAAUUCCUCAGGUACAUUUCGAAAUAAGUGAUCCUUUGAUUCCCAUAUAUCUUUUCUACAUUCCAGGCGUACUUUUACCUGAUUCAAUAAUGAUUGGUAUAAAAGGAAUAGUCCGUGAAUUCAAAUACAUACUCUCUCUUGUGAACAUUAUAGAUCUUUCAUGUAAUAAUCUCACUGGUGGAGUUCCUAUUGAAUUAAUGAGGCUUGUUGGAUUGAUGAGCUUGAAUUUAUCGAGAAACCAAUUCACGGGACAGAUACCAAAUAAAAUUGGUGUUAUGCAAAGCUUAGAAAGUUUGGAUCUCUCAUGGAACGAUUUCUCAGGAGAUAUUCCAGAGAGCAUUGUGUCGCUCACUGCAUUGAGUUUUCUCAACUUAUCUUACAAUCAAUUGUCUGGUAGAAUCCCGUCGGGGACCCAACUUGACACUUUUCAUGAAUCAAGUUAUUAUGGAAAUCCAAAACUAUGUGGAAAGCCACUACAUAAGACUUGCGAAGGUGAUGAAUAUAAAAUUCAUAAUUCAUGA